UUUAUGUUGACUUGCAUCGAUCUCUAUGUAAUUAACGAUGAGUUUAGAUCUAUGGUGUGGUGAUUAUCAGCAAAUUAAAGAGGGUUCGACAUGGUUUGUUUUGCUAUCUUAUCUGCCAGGGAUAAACUAGGAAGAUUUCUCUAUCGAUCUGAAUAUUCUGAACGUGGUCGGGAAAUAAAAUCCAUCUAUCACGAGCUUGAUUCAAUGAUACCUCUUUUCAAUAAGUACGAUAAUAUGCAGGGGAGGAAGCUGAGUGUGGAUCCCUUGUUGGAACAGCAAAUCAAAAACUUAGCAGAAGAAUUUGCAGAUCUGAUCGAACCUUUCUUACAACCUGCAGCUGCAUCAGAUGAAUUAGAUGAAGAUGAAGAUGAAGUUCAACAUCCCAAGAAACUACAAGUCUCCCCCGGAUUAAUCGAUCUUCUGCGACAACUCAUUUCCUUGCUCAGAAAGUUCUCCUCGGAGGUACACAACAUGAAAGAAGAGAAGGUAACAGACGAUGAUCCUCGUGGGAUUUUUGUUUCAUCGAGAAUGAUCUGUCGAUGUGAGUGUGAGCCUGUGGGGUUGGAGGAGGAGAUAAGGAAACUCAAGGAUUGGGUCGUCGGAGGCCCUGAAAAUGUCCAGGCUAUGGCGGUUGUCGGGAUGGCUGGCAUUGGUAAGACUACUUUGGUCGAACAAAAUUACAACCAUCCAUCUAUUCAAUCCAUUUUCGACACCAAAAUCAUGGUUCUUGUUGGUCCCAAAUUCGUGGAGGAUGAACUCUUGCAACUUCUUGUAGACCAUAUAGAAGGCGAGGAGAAGCACGAAAAGUUUACUAAUAUGCGCGGAUUAUACACGCAUCUUCGAGGACUUCUAGGGGCGCGGAGGUUGCUACUUGUGUUAGAUGAUGUGUGGGAACAUACUAUCUAUUGGAAAACUUGUCGUAGAUUUUUAAAUAUAAAUAGCAGAAGUCGAAUCAUCAUAACUAGUAGGUUGUCAGGUACUCUUCUUCAAUUGAGACAUGAAAAAUUGUUUCUUGGACGAAGAUGAUAGUUGGAAACUACUACGCAGGACAGUGUUCACAAGUCCUGAAGAAUCUUGCGGCUUCCAACUUGAGAAAAUCGGGAAGAAGAUUGCCAAGGACUGUGAAGGACUUCCUCUGGCUAUUGUUUCUAUUGGAAAGCUUUUGCGCCGCGCCGAGAAGACGGUGGAAUAUUGGAAGAAAGUUUCGGAGGAUGAAAAUCCUCUUGGUAUUGUGGUCAAUGACAACUCACACAUCACAAGGUCGCUCCUUUUGAGCUACGACAUGUUGUCUCGGGGUCAAAAGCCGUGUUUUCUCUAUGUAGGAGUGUUCCCGCGGAGUUAUCUGAUCUCUGUCUCCGAACUCAUUAGAUUGUGGGCAAUAGAGGGAUUCACAGAUACAAGUGACAGGCAACUUCUGGAUUCACUUGUCUACUCAAGUGUUGUUUUGGUUCACGAAAGGAGCUCGACAAUUGAGAAUACCAAAACAUGUAGAGUCCAUUACGUCUUUCGAAACUUAUGCAUUAGUAUAGCUGAGAAGGAGAAGUUUUGCCACGUCCUAAAUAAAUACACGUAUAGUUUUCCUCGCGGAACAAACCAUCAGCCACGGCUGUGCACCCACAACAAUGUUAUGCUUGGGAUUGAGGAAGUGCGCGCCACAAUGGGGUCGAUUUCAUCCAUACGGUCUCUUCUCUGUUUAGGUCCGUAUCAUCCGUAUCCACUACGGCUACACUUAUGCUUUACAAUGUUGAAGAUAUUAAAUGCACUUAGCAUCCGCUUCUACACAUUUCCCUACGAAACACUGAAGCUAGUUCGGUUGAAGUACCUCGCCAUCACAUAUGAUGGAGAACUCCCAAAUUCUAUAUCAAAACUUCAAAAACUUCAAGUUUUGAUCGUGAAUCGACAUUGCUCGGGAUUUGACCUGCCGGAUCCAUUUACUGAUCGAACCUUCCUACAAAACCUCAACACGUUGUCUGGUGUGAGUGGUUGCAGCUGUACCAGGGGAGUUCUUGGAAGAUUGCCGAAACUAGAGAAGUUAGGAAUCCAUAUUGUGGCAGGACAGAAUGAAAAGGAAAACUUCAGUUUUUUCGGUGACAUUGCUGACAUGAAACCUUACCUUGAUUCAUUCAAAUGCACUGUCUCGGGUUUCAACACUCAAGUUAUUUCAGAACUUCCCAAUUUCCCCUUUAAAUGUGAAAAGAUAACAUUGAGUGGAUGCAAAUUUCCAUGGAAGUAUGUAGAAGUUUUUCGAUGCAACCUUAGAAUACUAAAACUGCGGCGCAAUGCCUUCUGUGGACCGGUGUGGGAACCCUUUCAUGGGGAAUUUCGUCGUCUAAAAUAUCUACUGCUGGAAGACUUGGACAUGGAGGUGUGGGGAGGAGCCAACUCUCGCCAUUUCCCCAAACUGUUGAGCCUAAUCAUCAAACACUGCUACAAAUUGCGCGAGAUUCCUAUCGAUUUUGGGAACAUCAUAAACCUUAACACCAUAGAGGUGGAAGAUUGCCGUCCUUCGGUCGCCAUAUCUGCAAAGAAAAUACAAGAAAUUCACCAAGAGAAAUUCCCAAAAAAGCAUCUCCAAGUUCACAUCCAUUUCUCGUGGGAAGACAAAAGAAAAAGAGGUUAG